GGUUUUCAUUAGAUCGUCUCGACACUGACCCCCUGCCCCGCCAUCCAGUAACGUGAAACCAGCCCCUCUGGCAGACGCACCGAGCAGAGCAGCAGCAGUCUGCGCCGCAUCACCAGCUGCUCUGCCGGCUGAGCUGCGCCGCCGCAACACCGCGCCUCCAACUCCGACCUGCGAAAAGUCGACGAAAAGUGCAACCAUGGGCAAGAAGUGACAUUCGCGUGUGUCUGAGAUCUUGUCCAGCAGACUUCAAGGAGUGCCUUUCUUUCCUCCGGGAGGUGUGAUAUCGCAGACAUGGUGCACCUUCCGGACCCUGGAAGCAGCCGGGACUUCGCUUCUCUGUUUGCGGCCGCGCUGCUCAUCCUGCUGGCCGCAGGGACGCAACCAAGCACGGCCUUCCCCUCCUGGAGGUCAGAGGAAGAAGCUUACACCACUGUGUUGCUCGUCGGGAUCCGCAAAGAAGCGCGUUCGCAAGUCCUUCACCUCUCCAGGAACAAACGCUACACCCUCACACCGGAGAUGCUCAAAUGGGACAAAUUCAAGCUGACAUACAAGCUCCUUUCCUAUCCGACAAACUUGAUCAACGCCAGCGACACCCGGAAAGGUAUUGCCAAAGCCUUCAGCAUGUGGAGCGACGUCUCGCCGUUCAGCUUCAGAGAGGUGCCAGCAGACCAGGAGGCCGACAUCAAGAUCGGCUUCUAUCCUGUCAACCACACCGACUGUAUGCAGUCCUACCUGCACCACUGCUUCGACGGAAUAACAGGAGAACUGGCUCACGCCUUUUUCCCACCCACAGGCGAGAUCCACUUUGAUGACGACGAGUACUGGAUUCUAGGAAACAUGCGCUUUAGCUGGAAGAAAGGCGUUUGGCUAACAGACCUGGUCCACGUAGCAACUCAUGAAAUCGGCCACGCCCUCGGCCUCAUGCACUCCAUGGACCCCAAAGCAAUCAUGCACCUGAACGCAACUCUGACAGGACGCAAGCGGAUCACCCAAGAUGAGGUGUGGGGUCUGCAACGUCUCUACGGAUGUUUGGACCGUUUAUUUAUCUGUCCAGCUUGGGCCCGGAAAGGCUACUGCGAGAGCAAGCGAGGGCUGAUGGCAAAGCACUGCCCCUCCAGCUGCGACUUUUGCUAUGAAUUCCCGUUUGCUACUGUGGCUCCCACUCCGAAGCCCCCCAGGACCAAAACCAAGCUUGUCGUGGAGGGAAAGAAGCUCACCUUUCGCUGUGGGAAGAAGAUCGCCUCCAAGAAAGGCAAAGUGUCUUGGUACAAAGAUGGCGAGCUGUUGGAGUUCUCUCACCCCAACUACAUCACUCUGAAGGACGACCACAUUACGAUAGUUGCCAACGCCAUCAACGAGGGUACUUACACCUGCGUGGUGAAGAAAAAAGACAAGGUUCUGACCAACUACUCGUGGAGGGUUCGUGUGCGCUUCUGAAAGCUGUCACAUGGUCUCACUUCCACACCGGCACAUAUUGUGUAUCUUCCACAAAGCUGUAUCAGUUGGUCACUGUGCUUUUUAUAUCAAAACUCGAUCACCACUUUUGUUACAUUUUAAGACUGUGACAGAUUCCUCCUUAUCAGAAGCUACACAGCAGCUCAGCGAUCGGGACAAUACAUUUUUAUUCUAAACUAUUGGUCGAAAGCUUUGUAUUUAUUUGCUGUUUCAUUGUGACAUUAUAAAAUAUCCGGAUGUUUAAAAUGUGCAACAUUAAUAAAAUUGUAACUGAAAAAAGCAAACUAAUCUUGAUGGCUUCUUGAAUAUGUUUUUCAGUACAAGGUGA